UUUGGUAACACCACAGAUCUUUUAAAUAACAUAAGUCAGUUCUCGCAGUGCCUUACAUUAUAUUUUAGUUCUCAAUUUAUUAAAACAUGAAAUACCCAUUCUUAAGCUCAGCAAUUCUUUACUAAAAGCAUUAUUAGCGUGGGAAAAUACUUUCUUCUGCAGUGAUUUGUUUUCUCCGCGCAGUGUAAGUAAAGUGAUUCGAAAACGCAGGCGAGAAUCCGAGAUAUUGUUUUGCAUUAUGCCCGGGGGGAAAGGGCUGUGCAAUGUCAGGUGGUAAAAGCGGGCCCAACAAGGCCUAAAGGCAGUGCCGCCAAAGUGGCGGCGAGGAAAAUGCAAUUUUCCAGCGAAGAGGACGGGAUAACGGCACACAACUGAUUCACUUUAAUGCAAUUUGCAUGAAUCCGGCGGCUAACAGAGCGCCAGCAGCGCGCUGUUAACAGAGCUGUGUUUAUUGCGCACAUCCCAGCUCAUUCAUAAAAGCCAGGAGAGCAGGGACGCUCUCUCAUGAGAGAGAGAGCGGCGAUUGAGUUGUUGGCUGCUGCUGUGCUGCAAUAAAUACAAAGGACUCAGCAUCCGCAGCAACAGUGGCGUCCAGCUCUGAGCGCAGAGUGUAGCGGAGUGUCGAGCCUCCGAGGAUUCAGUCAUCGCGUAGCCGCCGUGUGUGCCACACAGUCGCGGGUGAAUCACGGUCUCCUCGUGCGCCGCGCCAAGUGCAUUCAAUCAACAUAAAAAGUAAUUAGAGCCCCCUCCCCUGCGCCCCCACUAAUUAAAUGCAAACAAAUGGCAAGUGAACAGCGGUGGCAAAACUAAAGGCCACUCAACCGCCAGCAAGUGCAAUUGGAAUUCAAUCAAGUCGAACGGAAAUUGUCGCACAUUAAAACAGGCGCAGCAUCAGCAUCCGCAUCCGCAUCAGCAUUGUAAAUGCAGCAUUUCACCCUCUUCAAGUGACAAGAUGAAAAAGCGUACAAGUGUGCAUUCUAAAAAUAACAAACAGCUCGAGUGAGAUAAAAACAGCAACUGCCGCUGCUACCGAGCUCCAAAGGUACAAAGUGCUAGCGUAAACACAGUCGCAGUCGCAGAAGGAGCGUAAACAAACAUCGGAGCAAACUGAAACGGCUAACAAACCGCGUGGUUUGAGUGUGCGGGUGUGUGAGUGUGUAUCUGUGAGCCCGGGCCAGAAGAGCCAGGAGCAAGCGCCACAAAAAAUGUGCAAGUAAUGUGCAGCAAGUGCAGUGCCAUCCGUGAAAUCCGCCGAAAGUGAGAUUCUUCUUGGGAUUAUUAGCAGCGACAGCAUGACGAACGGCCAUUCCUGGAGGUCCUGCCUCCUGCUGGCCACCAUCCUGGGAUUACUCAGCCGGACCAAGGCUUUGCCCUUUGAGUAUGUAGAUGAGCACGAGGACUUCAACUACGACCUGGACACGGCCCAAUCCCAGGCCAAGUACGACGCCCGUCUGCUCUCGCAGCAGAUGCUCAGCGACGCGGAGCUGCAGCGGCAGGGGGUUAGUGGCGCCCAGGACAGCGCCUUGGAUGGCGACUCGUCGAGGGCUCAAGGGAUUGCAGCGGGAUCCGACCUGGAAGCCGCCUCCUCGGCCCAGGAGAACCUAGAGCCGCACAGCAGAGCAGCCUCGUGCUUCACCAACGGCCACAAGUACACACACGGACAGAAGGUUCCCCGCCUGGACGCCUGCGAGGUGUGUCUCUGCAUGGACGGCGAGAUCUUCUGCUGGUGGGAGAAGUGCGAUAAGGCCAAUGUAAACAAGGCGAAGUCGGGUGGCAGUCAGGACGUCAACGCUGGACUUGGUCUGGGAAAUGGAGAUGGUGUCGGCGGAGACGGAGACGGAGGCGAAGGCGACGACGACGAUGGCGAUGGUGACUAUUCAGAUCCAUAUCGCCACGAGAGCACAACGGGAAAGUCAACAAAAGUGCAUAAAGCGGCUAGGAAAGUUGGCAAGCGGCAUAAGCAUCGCAGGAAUCAAAAGAAUUUUAAUGACUACGAAGUUUACCACAGCCAGAGGCAGCAGCAGCAGCAGAAGCAGCAGCAGAAGCUGAAGCAGAAGCAGCCGGAUUAUAAAAAGUCCGCCGUAAAGCAACAGCUCCAGCUACAGCAAAAACACAAGGGCGACGUUGGUGGCAACUACAAUAUAAUCAAGGAACACAAACACGAGCAGCAGCAGCUACAGCAGCAGAAAGUGGCAGCCUUGGCUGUUAAUCAGGCGGCGAAGGCAACGCAUUAUCAGCAGCCAGCCUCCACCACGCCGCCCCAUCCACAGCAGCAGCACAACAAUCAUCCGCACCAGCAGCCGCCGCAUUCGGCCAGCAAAAUCUUAAAUUUCCCCGAAAACCUGCCGGCCCUGCUGUACUACGACUACAAGACCGAGGAGCACGAGCACCACCAGCACCAGCACCACCAGCAGCACUUGCUGCACGAAAAACAGCGCCUCCUGCAGCAGCAGCAAGAGGCGUUGGCCCGACAAAAGGCAGCUGAAUCCGAGUCCCAGCAGUCGGAAUCCGCAGCUGGAGAGCCCUCCGCCGCCGCUGAUAAAAACUUUGAUGAGGCGGAAACCGACAGCGAUAUUUUGCCAGAGCCGCCUACAAAGCAGCCCCGGGCAUCUGCCACACAAUGGCCAACGAGCAGCAGCACGGCCAAGGCGUUGAUGACAGCCCGGCCAGUUGCCACUGUGGCAGCCACAUCCACAUCGCCAGCCACGUCUGCGAGCAGGACAACGACACCGAGAGCGACAACGGCGACAGGAACAAAUGAAAUGGUGACAAGCACGCUGUCUGGAAUGGAAAAGUCCGGGGCCACAGUUGCAGCCACAAAUCUGCAACAUGAUCGCAGUGGACCCGCCGCGGAGACCGACGACGCCUUCCACCGGUGGCUGACAUCCACCGAGCUGAAUGCUGACAACACGGACUCGCUCGACGACAACUUGGAGCAGGAAACGCCGGCAUCGACAAUAAUCGAUGAUGUUGGCACGGCCAACCAGAGUGACAGGAGCAGCAGUGGCAGCCAGGGCAUCGGCAAAGACAAUGCCAGCGAUGCCGUCUUCUUUCGCAGCUCGUACAACGAUUACAGCAGUGAAUUCAAUGGCAGCGUUGUCAAUAUUGACAUUACACUAACUGCAGUUGAUGUGCAUCCCCAUCGCCAAACGGAUUUAAUUGCAAAUGGCAACAGCACGUCAGGCGUUAACGACAAUGGCAACGGCAGCAGCAGCAGAAACAGCAAAACCAACAGCAAUGGCAAUGGCAACGAGGGAGCAGCAGGGACAACAAUGGACCCACUGGCAGCCGGGAGCGUCGGGAGCAGCGGCAGCAAUCAGGAUCAACCUCAGCAGAGCCCUGCUGUUCCGCCGUACACCCUGACAACGAUUAUCACAACAACGCCGCUGGCACCAGGGCGUAUGUGCAAUGUUUUGGGCAAACUGUAUAAAAUUGGCGACAUUCUGCCACAGGAUACGGGCAACUGUCUGCAGUGCAUCUGCACGGAUGCCGUGACACCCGACGAGAUGCCGAGCGUCACCUGCAGUCCGCACAAUUGCCCACCGCUGGUGCUGCCGGAUCUAUUCGAUGCGACUGGUUACUGAGGUUACGGGUUUGUGCUGUAAGUUGGUUAGGGGGAAGCCAGCUACCAGGUGGCAGGUGCGAGGUGCCCCGCCCCUGCGGCGUGCUUUGGGCGGGAGGUGUGGUACGUUUUCGCAUAGAUCGAAUCGUGAUUUAAAUUUUGAAACCGAAGCCACUACUGCAGCCAGCCAAAGGAACCGAGUCGACCGAAUCAGUCUCAUAUUGCAUGUCAAGGUCUCAACUAACUCAACUCAAUAUAAAUUGUAUGGAUUUCAGUGUAAAGCCCUCCCUAUCACGAGUGCCCCGAGCACUCUCUAAAAACGAAACCUAUCAGCAAACAUAUACUACAUAUAUUCGUGUAACACUAUAUAUAUUGAUCUAAAACGACCACUGAAGAGAGAGGAAGGAUGGAUACUCGUACCGCAGUUGAGGCACAGUCUAGGUUUAAGCUGAAUGUUUAUGCAUUUUAUAAGAAUCUGAAUUCAUCUCUCUCCACCAUGUAGUUGAUAGAAGUCAAAGCCCAACAAGAAACCAUAAAUGUAUACAGCAGUAGCAAUCGUAAUGAAUUUAUAGAGGUACCGCAGCAGAAAUAUAUAUAUACACUUACUAUAUCUAUCUACAUACCUAUAUCUAUACCUAUUUAUGUCUGUAUUGAGUUCAGUUGGAUCCGUUUAAAGAUUAUUUCCCGACUGAGACAAAAGCGUGUAGGGUUUUCAAUACAUUGAACAAAAGGAAGCAAAACGAAAAAACUUUUACAAAUAUAGGCAACUAAAAUCUAUAACGAAAAAAACUGAACAAUGACAAAUAAUGAUCAAACGUGUGUAAUAUUUUAAUUUUGAUAUUAAAAGCAAACAACGUAUUUCUCAUUUGCAUGCAUGUACUGUUAUUGUUUUGCGCUUCUUUAGAAAUUUACCUAUACGUAAUCUACGAAACAAAAAGCGAUGUAUUGUGUAUGGAAGUUGUUUUAACAAAGCUGAACUUGGCAAAGAAAGACACCAUAUCGAGUAGCUAUAACAAUUUUAAGGCAUAAUCCCUAAUUGUAUUUAAACAUAUACUUAGAAACUCUCGUAUAGAUUCAGUGAAUUCAAAAUUUACAGCGAUUUCCGAUUUGUAUUUGCUUUGGUUUCUGGUGGCAAAGACAGCAUUUAUUUCAAAGCAAGUUUAGGCGUGAUAAACUUUGAUUUAUUCGGAAGGGGUUAAAUUAAGCGGAAUAUACUUGAAAAGUAGAAAACAAUUUCGAUUAUAAGGGAAAUCAAAAGGAUUCGAUCGCGUUUUUUGCAAGCGAGGUCGAACCAAACUAUAUAGAAGAUAUUAAACUAUGAAAUCAAAAUGCAAAAUAUACGUACACACAUAUAUAUACCGAGCGAACACACAUGCAAAAACACAUAAAUAUUUAUUAUUGAUGUCCACAAGAGAGCGCAAACAGAAGGGCAUCCGAUAUAACAAAUUCAAAGUAAAAAUAGAAAAUAAUAGAAAAAAUUCAUCUUGGACGAGCGUUUUAAAAAUGUAUACAAGUAUGCGUAUUUAUGUAUGUGUAAAAUAAAUGUAACUACAACUCUCAACUAAUCUACAAAAUCACACACAGAUGCCCGAGCAUGCCUGUGUUUAAAUGGAAUUUGUGUUUGAGAUCAAAUUGAAAUCAAAUCGACAUGAAUAAACCGAAACCCAAUUAAGGCAUUUCAAAACA